ACACGUAUAACUCAUAACUUUUGUCUCAAGCCCCUCAGCUGAGCUCCGCUUGCAGCGCGCAGCUUCAGAGCCGUCAAACCAAUCGCAGAGAAAACAUCGAUUGACCGGUCCCGACUCAAUUGGCCGAAAAGUGUUUUUGUUUUUUUUUUUACUUUUUUGUUUUGUGCUUUUAUGUGGUUUUUAUGGGCCAUUCGGCUAAUGCGCCUGAAAUUUUCUGUCUUUUAGCCAUGACAAUGAGAGCGCUCGCCUUGCUGACCAUCGUGUCUUGCUGCGGCAUCAGCCUCGUGGCCGCCGAGGGGCUGCGACUGCCCGACCAGCAGUCGUCCAACAACAUCCAACAGAUCUAUGCGCCGCAGUCGCAGCAACAGCAACAACAACAACAACAGCAACAGACGCUGCAGUUCCAGCAGCAGCCACAGCAGGUGGCGCAGCCGGGCGAGGAGCGUGGUCGCUCCUCGAUUUUGAGCAUCUUCGGCUUGGGCAACGACAACGAUCCCUAUUUGGCGCGCACCAACAGCAACUGCUUGAGCGGCGACCUGGCCGAGUGUUUCAAGACGCAGGCGCUCAACACGUUCGAUGAGAUUUUCUACAAGGAUCAGUAUCGUCUCUCGGACUUUGCGCGCGUCGUGCGGCUGCCUGAGACACAGCAGCGCUCGCUGCUGCAGGAACCCUUCGAGUACUCCGAGGAGCCGCGCUCCGAGGACGACGACUGGAAUCUGCUGGUGAAAUACGCUCUACGCCGCGCCGAACGAUUCAUCAAGUCCACUGCGCUGGAGCUGGAGUGGCCCGAGGAGCUCACCGAAGCCGGCCGCUACGAGGCGCGCUUCAUAGGCAAUGACAUUGACGACGAACUGGAUGUCAUUGAGAACAAACGCGCCGGACACUUCUCUCGCAAGAAGUUGAAGAAGAUGAUUAUUCCCCUGCUGCUGGUGCUGAAGAUAUUCAAGCUGAAGCUGCUGCUCUUCCUGCCCUUCAUCCUGGGCAUUGCGGGUCUGAAGAAGAUUCUGGGCCUCGCCGCCAUCAUUCUGCCGGGCCUGUUCGCCUACUUCAAGCUCUGCCGCCCGCCAGGUGGUGUUGGAGGCGCCUUUGGCGGUGGCCUGUCCAGCCUUUUUGGCGGCAAGCCCGCUUUCCCCGAGUACACGCCCCAAGGCGUGGGCGCUGCCACCUACUAUCACCAUCAUGAGCACUACGAGGGCGGCCAUGGCGGCCACGGCGCACCCGGCCCCUACUACCGCCCGGAGCCUUCGUUUGCCAAGCCCUACAGCGACUACUACAGCAAGAGCUACCAGGGCCAGGAGCCGAUCCAGGGCCAGGUGGGCGGCAACUCCAUUAGCUUCGGCGAUUCGCAUGACGCCGCCUACAAUGGCUACUAUGGACGCAACACUGGCAAGGAUAUCGCUGCCGAGCCGCAGGCGACGCCACAGAAGAGUUAAAGGAUGUUUCGGUCUAGACCAGGUCGCUUUGUUAUUUAUUUUCGCGCCCUCGGCACUGCAUUCCUAUAAGAAUAUUUAUUGCUCUAACUGUAAAUAAA